AUGGUGCAGCUGGAAGUACUGAGCAGAUGGAUUAUGCCCGAUGGGGACGCGGGCGGCGGGCUCGGAGGAAACGGGACGUGGUGGUCACAGGUGGUGUCGAGGACGUCGGAGGAGGACGGGACCGUGCCCCUCACCCGGGAGGAGUUGGGACGCCUGAAUCCCAACCAGCGCAACCCCUACAAUGACGUGAUGCUCCAGAGCUACGGGAACCUCUUCGCCCUGGGGAGAGAGCCGUGGUUCCUCAACUGGCAGUGGGCGGAGGACGGAGACCCGGCCAGAGACGCCCCCGAAGACCCCGCCACCGGAGACACCUCCGCCGGAGACCCCUUCCCAGGCUACACCCCCCGGCCUGGCGCUACCCACUGGGCCGGACGCUCAGGCCAGGCGCCACCCAUUAGGCAGCACCCCCAGGCCCGGCGCUCCCCGCUAGACGUCCCCGGUGCCCCCCCGUCCGGCGGCUCUGACCCCCAAGCCGGCCUCUCCCGAGCGGAGCGCGUCUCCCACGGCGGGAGGCCCGUCCGAGCCCCGCUCAGGAGAGCCCCCCGCGAGGCCUCCCCGGCCCAGGCAGAGGACGGCCCGUCAUCGCCCGCGGGCGGUGCGCCCUGCCCCGAGUGCGGUCGUCCGUCUGGGGCCCCCGCGGAGGCGGGGGGCUGGGCCCCGUGCCCAGCCUGCGGGCCCCGUCGCCCCCACCCGUGCCCCGACUGCGGCAAGGCCUUCACGCGGCCCGCUUACCUGUCCCAGCUCCGGGCCACCCACCGUGGCGAGCACCCCUUCUGCUGUGCCCAGUGCGAGAAGACCUUCCGCCGCGUCCCCCACCUGGCCCAGCACCGCGCCACGCACACGGAGGCCCGCCCCUUUUCCUGUCAGGACUGCGGCCAGGCCUUCCGCCAGCACGUCGACCUGGCGGCCCACCAGUGGGCGCACACGGGCGAGCGGGCCUACCCAUGCCCGGACUGUGGCAAGGUGUUCGCCACCUCGUCCAGCCUGUUCAAGCACCAGCGGACCCACACGGGCGAGUGGCCCUUCCCCUGGCCGGAUUGCAGCCGGGCCUUCAGUGUCAAGUCCAACCUGGUGCAGCAUCAGCGCACCCACAAGGGCGAACGGCCCUACAAGUGCCCGGCCUGCGAGCAGACCUUCACCGACCGCUCCACGCUGACCCACCACCGCCGCAUCCACAGCGGCGAGUGGCCCUAUGCCUGCCCCGACUGCGCCAAGGCAUUCAGAUGCAGCUCCAGCCUCAUCCAGCACCGCCGAAGCCACAGCGGCGAAAAGCCGUACGCCUACCCCGACUGCACUAAGGCCUUCCGCUGCAGCUUGCACCUGGUGAAGCACCAGUGCAUCCACACUAGCGAGCGGCCCUACGCCUGCCCCGACUGUGGCCCUGCUUUCCGCUGUAGCACCAUGUUCAUCCAGCACCAGAAGACGCACACGGGCGAGAAGCCGUACUGGUGCGCCCAAUGCCCCAAGGCCUUCACCUGCAGCUCCGGCCUCAUCAAGCACCGCCGCGUCCACAGCGGGGAGAAGCCCUUCCGCUGCCGUCUCUGGGGCAAGGCCUUCGCCACCUUCCCGGCCCUCGUCAAGCAUCAGAAGACUCACGCCCCCGACCCCGCCAACUAG